UAUUUACUUUACAAUCUUGAUCCGGCUGGCGGGAUAUUCGAGUAAUAAAUGAAAUUUUUUUGAUACUUUUUAUAUGUAAACAGAUGUAAUUUAUUGCACAAUUUACAAAAAAAGAGAGUAGAAUUAAGAUAAUUAUGCCGGGUUCCGUUGCCACCAUUAUUUAAAUACAAAAGGAAACUAACUAGUCUCUAAAAAUAUUGUCAUUAACGGUAUUUAACUAUGAGCUCUGUCCUGAAUUACUUUCACAGAUGAUUUGAUAACUUUCAAAUAUGAACAAUAAGAACAGAUGUUAUAAUAUUAUGAGUAAUAUUCAAUCUUUACAACUUCCGUUGAAUAUGCUUGUACAUUCAUAAUUCAUACAUUUCAAUACAUACUAGAACAUUAAUAGAUACUCACUCACUGUCAGAAACGUUCUCAUCGGAUUUUUUUUAAAAAAUGAUUAGCAAUUCUUCUUUGUUCAAAAUCCUAAGAUAUUUAAGAAAUCCACGAAAAUAAACGAAAUGCCGAAUGGCUCCCUUUUAGAAAUCUGUCACGUGAUCAGCGCCAUUUUAGUGUAAGAAGAUGAUAAUCAAGCAAUUAAGCUCCAAUGAUUGAACAAUUUUAACCAUUAAAAGAUAUUUUAAAACCUACAAUUAGAACUUUCUGAAUAUAUCCUCUAAUUGAACGAAGAAAGGGACUUAUUUUUUUAGAAGUGAUAUUAUACCAAUAUUUUUUAUUUCACACUCUUAAAGCUCAAUAAGGAGAUGAUCAGAGAGUUGGUUUGUUGUUAAGAUGCAAGCCAAUUCCAAAUUCGUAGCUAGAUUUAAAUUUCUUCCAUAUAGGAAAACUUUUUAAGUCGUGAAGACUUUUUUCGUUGGUUUUACUAGGUUUGAGAUAAUUCUUUUCAUCCAACACCUCUUUAAACAUUUCUUGUAUUUUCCUUUGUUCCAAAAGCCUGUCAAUUUCUCUAUUUUGGGCUUUAUAAUGUUGCAUAAUGUUUGACAGUUUGAAUACAAUUCUUAUUGACUUUUAACACUGUAUGUUUCAAUAGUUUCAACCUUACACUUAUUGAUUUCGCGGUUAGUCUCAGAGGGAAUAUUAUUUAGCAGCUUUCUUUUGAUUGCUGCGGGACGUGAUGAACUAGGAACAUCUCUAUCUAUAAUUGAUGGUAAAGCUAAAGUGCCUUUAUUGAAAAACUAUGUCAUCAACGGACUUAGCCAGGGACCGAGCGGCCAAACUAUUGAAGAAGAGAGGUAGUCUCUCUUCUCAAGGAACCAGCAAUGAAUACAAUCUACACGCUCACAGGAAGCAAGGUUCCAUAUCUACAAUAUCCUUUAUGGAGGAUCAUACAAAUCAAGAGCACCAUCAUAAGCCGGCUGUCAAAAUGGAAAAUACUUAUCAGUUGGGACCGACAAAAAAGUUUCCCGUUGGUCAAAUAACUCAAAUUAUAAGCGAUGUAUUACAAAGUUACUUGAUGGAUGAACGCUACGAAGUGGAAUUAUGUAGAAACAUGACGAAAACGCUUAGUGACGUUGUUAAAGCACGAGUGAAGGAAUUACAAUUGCCACGCUAUAAAAUUGUCUGUUUGGUAAAUAUAGGUGAAGUUAAAAAUCAAGGGGUAAAGAUGAGUUCAAGAUGUCUGUGGGAUCCCACUAACGACACUUUCGCUACUUAUGAAUUUACCAACGGCUCUUUAUUUGCAACUGCAUCCGUUUACGGAAUUUAUAUGGAAUGA